AUGGAAGGUGAUUUUGAUCCAAAGGCCUCUCUAGAAAAUAUUAGUUUCUACUCUACUUAUUAUUUUUAUAACAUACUAGGGACUAAUUUUUUUGAAUUAAGAGUAGCGUUUUUACAAAUGGCUCCUCUUUCUCCAAUAAGUGUACAAAUUACAAGUAAUAAUAAUGUAAAAGAUUUUGUAUUGGAACCAAUUGGUAAAGGUAUUUUCGAUAAAGUUUAUGAUAUUAAAACAUAUCCAGAUGUUAAAUAUUUAAAUAGUUUAGAAACUUUUGGUUAUAAUGAAGGUGCAGUUAUCGAAUUCAAACUAAACAACUCUGUUUAUUCAAGUUUAUUUGAGAUAAAUGUUAACGAUCAAUUAUAUUAUACCCAAUUCAAACCAAUUUAUGGUGACGAACAUAGUACAACUUUUUUGUAUGCACCAUCGACCUAUGAUGCUAUGACACAUUAUAGUAUUUACUAUAUUAACAAUGGGGAAGUUAAAAAAUCAAACUAUUCAAUUGAUGCAAAAAUGAAUUCAUAUAAAAUUCAAAAUCUACCAUCUACUGGAGAAUUAGAUGAAUAUAAAGGAGGUUUAAUGACAAUAGCAUAUGGAUUUAAUGAUAUUCAAUUAUAUGAUUUUGGUCCAAUUAUUGUUGAAUUGGACGGAGAAAAAAUAGAAACUAGAUUUCCAUUCGGAUAUUCCUCAACAGCCAAUGGAUAUAGAUUUUAUAUAAACUCUAUUGUUAAAAGUGGAUAUCGUUUUUGGCAAGUUGGAUCUAUUUCAUUAAAAUCAAGAGUAUUUCCACAACAAGUGAUUUCUUCAAAUUAUAAUUUCAAUGAAAUUGGAAAUAUUAACGGCCCAAAAAUUUUAGAUUUUGAAAUAAUUCAUUUGGAAAAAGAAAUGUAUUUACUAAGAUUAGAAAUUAGUGCACAAAACUCACUUUAUUAUAUUAAAGAUAAAACUAAUAAUAGAAAUUACUAUGGAGUGGAAGUUUUGGUUUCAGGAGAUUUAAAUCAAGCUUAUUUCCAAUCAAUAAAACAAGUUUCAUUUUUAUAUAAUGAUAUUGAUAUUUCAAAUCACAGACACCAUAAUGUAUUGUACUUUAAUAGCUCGGAAAUACCAAAAGAUGGAUUAGUUGGGCUUAUAAUUCGUGAUGCAACAAUUCUUAGCAACCCUGUUUAUACUUCAUACACCUAUGUGAAUAUAUUCUAUUCAAGAUAUAAUGAAGAUUUAAAACUAUUCGAAUUAGAGUUUUAUGUAGAAUGUAAUACACAACUAAAUGAAUUUAAUUUUGAUUUAUAUAUUUCAAAUAUUGCUAUCACAUAUCAAGCUUUAGAUACAAAAUUAAAAAUUAAAAAAUCAAAUUUAGAUUUACAAGGACCAAUAUUUAAGGAUAUAAAAAAAAUAUCACCAAUAACUAUUGAUAAACAUAAUAACAUUGGUCAAAUUGGGUGGAGUAUUAGUGUUGAAGAUCCAAUAAAUGGUUUCGAAUCAGGAUAUGUAACAAUUAGAGGUGAAGUUGACCAGUCUAUUUAUAACAUAACAUUCACAGCAAAAGAUGUAAAAGAAGGCGGUGAUGAAUUCUUGGGUGAAUAUGAUUUUAUAAUCAAAAUUUCAUACCCUUGUAUAAGUCAAAAUUACAAAAUUAGCGAGGUUGGUUUAUAUGAUAAAAUCAAAAGAUUUUCAUAUUUUUCAAUAACAUCUCCAAAUCCAUUAUCAGCAACUUUAAACCCAUUUAUGUACUUUUUAAAUGAAUCAAUUAUUAAUAAAGUCUUCCUUACAUGCAAAAGUGAUGAAAUAGUCUCAUUAGACACAACUCCACCAGUAUUAAAUUCACUAACAGUAUCAUCUCAAACAAUUGAUGUUGGAAGUAAAGAUAGAGCAUUUACUAUUAGUUUUACAGCAUCAGAUCCGGAAAGUGGUUUAAAGAAUAAUACAUAUCCAAUUGUCUAUCUAAGUACUUCAAACAAUAGAAUUAUUGAAUGUAUAUCUUCUAUUAUUUCAAUUGAUAACCAAAAGGCUUCUUAUUCAUGCACAUUACAAAUACCAUUCGGUUUUGGUUACAAAGAUAAUAUUAUUAUAUCGGUUUAUGGUUUUAUCAAUAAUAAUGGUUUAUUUAAUGGCUAUUCUACCAAUGAUCUUAUGGAUCUAAAACUAAAUUUAGGUUUAGAUAUAGUUUAUAAUAUUAGAACAAGCUUUACAUUAAAUACAGUUUUAUUAUCUCAUGGUUUAAUUACAGAAAAAGGUGGAGAUUUAUGGAUUUUUGGUCAAGAUUUAAAUGGAAAUUCAGAAGCAUAUAUUACCUAUAGCGAUGGUAAAACUGAAACUAAAAUCCCAUCACUUUAUUAUUCAACAGCACUUCUAAUUAAAAAUGUGAAAGCAACUGAUAAACCAUAUAGUGUAUAUAUCAAAAAAUCAUCAUUAGACUCCAAUAUAUUAGAGAUUAAACCAACUGUUUAUGACUUUUAUAUUCCAUUGAAUAAAAAAGAUAGUUCAGAUACCCCAACUACUCCUAUCCCAACCAAUGCACCUCAAACAUGUUUAGGUAAUCCAGUUUGUGGUGGCCCAUCACAUGGUACAUGUGUCGAAAAUAAAGGCUGUUUAUGUAUUUCACCAUGGUUUGGUAAAGAUUGCUCAUCACAAAUUGUAUUUGUUGACCCACCAGUUAUUGGAGGUAAUAACUCUGGCCCAUCAAUCGAGAUUACUGUACCAGAUAAAAACUCCACAAAUCCUGUUACUUAUUCUUCGUUAAUUUCGAUUGUUGCUUUAAAAGAAACUAAUAUUAACGGUGAAACUGUAAAACUUUAUCCAUUUGAAGAUACUUGGACCUCAAUAGAAACUGAACCAUAUACAUACGAUUUUUAUAAUAAAUUAAACACAACUAACAACAAAAAUGAUAUCAUCGUAACAAAUGUAAAAGUAACCUUAAAAUGGUUUGUUAAUAAAACAACAGUUAUAUUUGCAAAUGAAGAGCUAACCAUGAACCCAUCAACUCUAAAAUAUACAAUUGAAAUCUUAGAAUAUCCUUUCGACAGUACCUUAAACGGACUAGAGUUAAUCAUGUCAGCACAAUUUAACUCAAGUACAUCCGAUGGUGUAUGUUCAUCAAAAGAAUUUGGUGAAACUGCAGGAGGUGAUAACUCUAACUAUCUAAAGAUUAAAGUUAAAGACUAUUCAUUAUAUGGUAGAUUUGUUAGAAGAGGUUACGUUGAUUCAACAGUUCGUUCGAUUUCAAAUGUUUUAUUAGAUUCUAGUAUGAAAGCAAUUACCAAACCAUCUUCAGUCCAAUCAUAUAUUGGUUUAAGAAUUCCAUACUAUACCAAAAAGGUUAUCCUCGAUCCUGUUGAUCAAUACUCUGCAUCAUCAAUUUGUGCAAAUAAAUCAUUAAGUGCUGGUAAAAUUGCUGGUAUUGUGAUAGGUGGUUUUGCUUUUGUCAUUGUAGUUGCUUUAUGUAUUAUAUAUAAUAUAAAGAAAAAACAAAAAGAUAAAAAAAUGAUCGAAAAGAUCAACAAUAAAAUGACUGAAAUGAAAGAAAAUAAAUUAUAA